AUGUUCUCUACAAUCUCCCUUACAUCUGUGGUCGCUGCCAUGGUGUGCCUUCAAAGUGUAACGGCUGCUCCCUUAGCUGCUGCAUCUUCCUCUUCGUCUAGCGGCGCCUACUCCGCUGCAUCCUCUGCGUCGUCUACCAGCGCAUCGAUUGCUUCUUCCUCCGCGAGCUCCACCAGUUCAGCUGCUGCCGCCCAAUCUUCUGCCGCUUGGGCAGUGCCAUCUGGUUGGGCUGUUGCACCUACCUCAUGUAUCUCCGAGGGUACGAGCGGCCGAGCUCUUACCUGGGUUAGCUUUUCUUCUGCCAGCAUGACCGUGGAAAGCUGUUUAGCCUACUGCGGAAAUGCUAACAUGCCCCUCGCCGGUCUCGAAUACUCUGGAGAAUGCUACUGCGGUAACGUGCUUGCCAAUGGUGCUUCACUUUCGAAUAAGGCCACAACUUGCAACAUGAAUUGCAAUGGUGACUCGGGGCGAAAAUGCGGUGGACCUGGCGCUCUCUCUUUGUAUGUAUCAACUGGUUCCAAUGCAGCCAGUCUUUCAUCCGACUACACCUCAACAGCGGUCACCCUUCCCUACGGCUGGUCGUCCAUGGGCUGUUACAAAGAAGGCAAGACCGGACGUGCGCUCGACGGCUGGACUUACUCCUCUCCCGCCCUCAACACUGCCACCUGUGUCAGCUACUGCAAAAGCAAAGGUUAUUCCAUGGCUGGUUUGGAAUACGGAGGAGAAUGUUACUGCGAUAAUGCUUUCCGAAAUGGUGCUGGAGAUCUUGCUACGACAUGCAAUAUGCCUUGUUCAGGUGGACCGGGUGAGAACUGUGGCGGCGCCAAUGUUCUUCAAGUCUACAGCAACCCGUCUUUGGCUCCCUCUGCCAGUGCUUCAAAUGGAUACACCAAACAGAGUUGUAUCCAAGAAGUCUCUGGCCGUGCUUUAACCGGUGCUUCGUACUCCUCGGAUAGCAUGACCAUUGAUACUUGUACCGCAUAUUGCAAAACUUCCGGAUUCACCUACGCUGCUGUCGAAUACGGUCGAGAAUGCUAUUGUGGUAAUGCACUUGUCAAUGGGGCUAGUCUUAGCAAAUACAGUUCUCAAUGUACUACCACUUGCGCGGGAAACAAAAAACAAAACUGCGGUGGACCAAACGCUUUGUCUUUGUACGCUAGCUCAUAA